CUCUCUCAGUCCCCUCACAGUCCAUCACGAGAGAGAGACACUCACAACCCUCGAUCAAGAUGUGGACAACAACAACAGGCCUGCGAGGCAAGCGCCUCCAUUUGGCCAUCACCAUCACCUCCGUUAUAGGUUUCUCGCUGUUCGGUUACGAUCAGGGGCUGAUGUCCGGUAUCAUCUCUGGUGACCAGUUCACCAAGGAAUUCCCCCCUCUCGCUAUCCCAGACUCCAGGGCCGACGACAAGUCUUUCUCCCAGCAUGUCAACGUCCUCCGUGGUGCUGUCACUGCCUGUUACGAGCUGGGUUGUUUCUUCGGUGCUGUCUUUACCCUCAUGUACGGUGAACGUAUCGGCCGCACUCCUCUCUUGGUCGCCGGUGGUCUCAUCAUGGUUCUCGGCACCGUCAUCUCCACUGCUGCCUUUGGCCCUCACUGGGGUCUGGGCCAAUUCGUCGUCGGCCGUGUCAUUUCGGGUAUUGGAAACGGCAUGGACACUGCUACUAUCCCCGUGUGGCAGUCUGAGUGCUCCCGCUCGCACAACCGUGGUUUCCUCGUCUGCUUCGAGGGUGCCAUUAUCGCUGUCGGUACUUUCGUCGCUUACUGGAUCGAUUUCGGUCUUUCCUACGUCGACACCUCCGUCCAGUGGCGUUUCCCCGUCGCUUUCCAGAUUGUCUUUGCCAUUUGUGUCACUAUUGGCGCGCUGAUGUUGCCUGAGUCUCCCCGAUGGUUCGUCAUGCGCGGCCGUGAUCAGGAGGCGUUGCAGGUGCUGGCUGCCCUCAACGAUAGUACCCCGGAUGGCGAGGAUGUGCUUACCGAUUUCAACCUCAUGAAGGCUGACCUCAAGAGCACCGAGGACAACAAGGCCAGCUGGAAGACCCUCUUCACCUUCGGAAAGACUCAGGAAUUCCAGCGUAUGAUGAUCGGUUGCUCUGGUCAGUUCUUCCAACAAUUCACUGGUUGCAACGCUGCCAUUUACUACUCUACCCUGCUGUUCCAGCAGAACCUGGGUAUGACUGGCAAGCUCCCCUUGGUUCUGGGAGGUGUCUUUGCGACCAUCUAUGCCCUCGCCACCAUUCCCUCCUUCUUCAUGAUUGAAAAAGUUGGCCGUCGCAACCUGUUCUUGAUUGGUUUCCUUGGUCAGGGUCUCAGUUUCAUCAUCACCAUGGGUUGCUUGAUCAAGGAAAACGAGCAGAACUCCAAGGGUGCCGUCGUCGGUAUUUUCCUGUUCAUCUGCUUCUUCGCCUUUACCACCUUGCCUCUCCCCUGGAUCUACCCGCCCGAGAUCAACCCUCUCCGCACCCGUACCAUGGCUGCCGCUGCCUCGACUUGCACCAACUGGAUCACCAACUUUGCCGUCGUCAUGUUUACCCCUGUCUUCUCCGAUGCCAGUAAAUGGGGUAUCUACCUCUUCUUCGCCCUCGUCAACUUUAUCGGUAUUCCCUUCGGCUACUUCUUCUACGCUGAAACCGCUGGUCGUGAGCUCGAGGAAGUUGACAUUAUCUUCGCCAAGGCCCACGUCGAGGGCAAGUGGCCCUUCCAGGUCGCUCAGCAGAUGCCCAAGCUCGAUGUCGCUCAGAUCGCCGACCUGCAGCGCGAGUUGGGUCUCGAUGUUCCGGAUCAGCACGUGUCAUCUGAAGCCGAGAAGGCCGAGAUUGCCAUUAGCAGCGGCGAUAGCCAGGAGAAGCCGUAUGAGAAGAAUGCCUCUUCUUAAUUUUUAUACCCCCGAUAGAUACCCCCAUCUAUUGUGUUUUGGGUCGGUGCAGGCGGAGGCUAAACCUACUUUGCUCCUUGAUCACUGGCCGAACACAACCACCACCAGCAAAUCCCUGGUGCUGUAUGUUUUUGCUACUUUCUUUCUUCUUUAUAUUUUUGCUUCAUAGAAGACAAGAUGUGACUUAUUUUAUUUUAUUUCUUUUUUUUUUUUUUUCUAAUUGCUCAAGUGACUGGAUGCAAAGAUGGCUGAUAUGUUUCAUGAUACUUGAAUGUUGGGAUGGGGAUGAUCUGAUAUGAAAUGUAUACACUAGCUAGCUUCUAUGUAUCGCCACAAAAUCAGAGCCAAACAAAUACUAUCUCCAUGAAUAUGCCU